AACAAUGUGCGGUCUGGUGUGAAGAUGCGUAUUCAUUCUUUGUUUGCUAAGACCAUCUGUACACCGACGACAUAAGUCACUGUUUCUACUGCUGCAACUUACUGACGGUCGCAACAAGACGACUCGGUGCUUUGUUCAAUUGUGGUUAAGGAUCGGGUCGUCUUUUCUGAGCAGUUACCAGAAUUACAUUUUUAUAAUGGAAGUUUCAAAGAAGACAGUUUCAAAGAGCUGGUGGCCACAAGGAAUAGGAGCACCCAGUGUGUACCAUGCAGUGAUUGUCAUCUUCUUGGAGUUUUUUGCAUGGGGUCUUCUGACAGCACCCACACUGGUGGUUUUACACGAGACAUUCCCGAAGCAUACAUUUUUGAUGAAUGGCUUAAUCCAAGGAGUAAAGGGGUUGUUAUCAUUCCUGAGCGCUCCCCUAAUCGGAGCCCUUUCGGAUGUGUGGGGAAGGAAGUCUUUUCUGCUACUAACAGUGUUCUUCACCUGUGCGCCCAUUCCACUCAUGAAAAUAAGCCCUUGGUGGUAUUUUGCUGUUAUUUCAGUGUCUGGAGUUUUUGCAGUGACCUUCUCUGUGGUAUUUGCUUAUGUAGCUGACAUAACCCAGGAACAUGAACGGAGUAUGGCCUAUGGACAGGUAUCUGCCACUUUUGCCGCCAGUCUGGUGACAAGCCCAGCUAUUGGUGCCUACCUUUCCAGAGUAUAUGGGGACAGCCUGGUGGUAGUGCUGGCCACAGCUAUAGCGCUGCUGGAUAUCUGCUUCAUCCUAGUAGCGGUCCCAGAAUCCCUGCCAGAGAAAAUGAGGCCGGCAUCCUGGGGAGCCCCUAUCUCCUGGGAACAGGCUGAUCCAUUUGCAUCUCUUAAAAAGGUGGGUCAGGAUUCAACAGUGCUGCUGAUCUGCAUAACUGUGUUCCUUUCCUACCUCCCUGAAGCAGGCCAGUACUCCAGCUUCUUUCUGUAUCUCAGACAGAUCAUGGGGUUUUCAACAGAAAGUGUUGCUGCUUUUAUAGCAGUCUUGGGCGUACUCUCCAUCAUUGCACAAACUGUAGUGCUGAGUUUGCUGAUGCGCUCCAUUGGGAACAAGAACACUAUUUUACUGGGUUUGGGAUUCCAGAUCCUGCAGCUUGCCUGUUAUGGCUUUGGAUCUGAACCCUGGAUGAUGUGGGCAGCAGGAGCCGUUGCAGCAAUGUCUAGCAUUACCUUCCCCGCAGUCAGUGCUUUGGUAUCAAGGACUGCAGACCCGGAUCAGCAAGGUGUCGUCCAAGGAAUGAUCACUGGAAUUCGAGGGCUUUGCAAUGGCCUGGGACCGGCACUCUAUGGGUUUAUUUUCUAUAUAUUUCAUGUAGAAUUUGAUAAACCUCAAGAGCCUGGUGAUAAUGUACAUAAUUUGCAGGGUUCAAUUAUCCCUGGCCCUCCCUUCCUCUUUGGAGCAUGUGCUGUGCUGCUGGCUCUGCUUGUUGCCUUGUUUAUUCCUGAACACACAAAUGUAGCGGUAAGAAGCAGCAACUGGAAGAAGCACUUGGCAAACCACGGCCACCCUCACUGUCUGCAGGCACCUGACGAUAAAGAACCUUUAUUACAGGACACAAAUGUAUGACUGAUGUCAUUUAUAGUCUGUUUUAAUAGUAAAAACUGAUGGGGAUUCACAUUCCUCUUUUUUAUCUAUUUAUGAAGAUAUCAGACAUGUACAUUUCAAGUUAGUGUUAGGAGUUGGAAUAAAUUGUACCAUUUGUAAAGAGAGAUCAGUCCAAAGGCACUAUUUGCAAUAGUUUUAUUUAUUUCAGUUAAUAUUUCACUUUUAGUUCUGGAGGAAGUUUAGUGUUUUUGUUUUUUGUUCAUGAAAUUCUAUAUUGGCAUGGCUUAUUGUAGGACUUGUGCCAUGUAGAACUGGAAUGUACUAAACACAGUGUGUUUGUUUUAAUCAUUCUGCUUUGAUGAGAAGUGGAAAAAAAUGAGUAAUAAAACAAGAAACACAAAAGCAAUUCCCCGGAGAGCCCAAUUAUUUCCUAGAGUAAAACUGUAUGCAGACCCAAGUGUAAUAAAAGGAUAACAAGUGUGGAUACAUUGCAUAAUUUAUAUAGUAUCUUAACUGUAUUGAUGAAAAGCCUUAAUAGAUUCACUUAAGUACAAAACAAAUUAUAAUUGUUCAUAAAGUCAAGUUGGAACCUCAUUAAAGUUGAAGAGUUGAAUGAACUUGGUACUACAAUUUUCUUUUUUGUUAAGUCGCACUCCAGAGGCAGACUGCUUCAUUUAUUUGUAUAUCUCUAUGCGUGAGGUGGCAGCCUGGCUCUGAAUAGGGUGCAAUAUACACGUUGUUUUACAUAUUGAUGAAUAUGUGUGUAACAAUCCAUCAGUGGAUUUCAUGUAAAGCUAUGUUAAGUAUUAUGACAGGCAAAAUAAACAUUUGUUUUCUUACAAUAGUGCUUUGUAAUAACAUUUUUUUUUGCACUGUGUUAAAAAUGCAGUAUUAAGAAUUUUAAUGUUGACCGUAGUAGCAAGUUUAUGAACUAGGCAGUUUUAAUGUUGUGCAGCUCUGCUUUUUAAACAUUAUAACCACAUAAUAUAGACUUAUAAUGGACCUCAAACUUGUCUUAUCAAACAAAAUCUAUAGCCUUGAAGUGUAAGAUCUUUGUUUUUAUAGUGGCCUUCUCCAGUAAGUAUUCCUUGAUUGUCACACAUAAAAACAGAUGCUAAUCUACCAAAUAACUGAUCACAUAUAUGACAGGUGUGAAUUUGUCUGAAAUUGUAUAUGUGUGUGCUUGUAAUAUUUGAAUAUGAUUUUGUGUAAGAUAUGAUUAGUGUAAAGUACUGUAAGCUCAGUUUUUCAUCAUGUUCUGUGGUUAUAUUUUACUGCCUUGUUUUAUUUUCAACUUUGAACAGAAGCUGGUGACAAAAUCCUAAAAGUUGUAAAUAUUAAAAAGUAAAGUUCAAUAAAGUUACAUAUUUUAUUGUACUGCGA